AGAUACAUCUUCCAGUAGGACUGAUACCAAGGGGCCCGAAAGCUUUUGGUUGCAGCUAUUUGAGAGCAAACUUCUCCAUACGGAACAGCAAUGUGGUGGAGCCCAGGCUUCCUUCCUGCUUUGGUUCUCUCUAUCUGCUCUUUAAUGUCACAUCAGGCUACGUCUACCAUAGACAGCGCGCUCACGGCCUUGCCUUCCCACAGAAGAACCAGCAGAGAUGUUAAUUCUCCGGCUCCUGUUGACUGUCAGCUAAGCCAGUGGUCCGAGUGGACUGACUGCUUUUUUUGCCAAGAGAAAAAAUAUCGGCACCGGACCCUGCUGCAGCCCGCCCAGUUUGGGGGACGGCCGUGCUCGGGGCACCUGUGGGACGAGGAGCACUGCGGCACUGGUGGGAGCUGUGCCAGGAGCACCCACUGCGGAAAGGACUUCCAGUGCCCGGAGAGCGGCCGCUGCCUUAAACGUCACCUCGUAUGCAACGGAGAGGCGGACUGCAGGGAUGGGUCUGAUGAGGAGAACUGUGAGGAGGAGGACGAUGAUAACGAAAGCUACUGUGGAAAUCUGUUCCCAAUCCCAGGGGCUGAAAAAGCUUCCCUAGGAUACAAUAUCCUAACGCAGGAAGACAGGCUGCACGUAUAUGAUCCCCAUUUUUUUGGAGGCCAGUGUGAGUAUGUUUACAACGGCGAGUGGCGGGAGCUGAAGUACGACCCGGCGUGUGAACGUCUCUACUACGGAGACGACGAGAAGUAUUUCCGCAAACCUUACAACUUCCACGUGUAUCAGUUCCUAGCUCAUGCUGAUUCUGGAUUCUCUACGGAGUUUUACAAUGAUUCGAAGGACCUGCUUGAUGCCCUCAAAACUGAUAGAUCUGAAACAAAUGGCUUUACUUUUGGAAUUGGACCUCAGUUUCUCAAGUUUGAGCUUGGUUUCACUUUAUCGCACCAGAAAGGGUCCCUGAAGAAUUUCACACAGUAUGAUGCAAAGGAGGUUGGCUUCAUCAGGGGUGUCACCAAGGUGCAGACUGCCCGCUUCAAGAUGAGAAAGGAGAACAUCGUUCUGGAUGAAGACAUCUUGCUCUCCUUGGAGGAGCUUCCAGACGAUUAUGACUACGGGAUGUAUGCCAAGUUCAUCAAUGACUAUGGCACCCACUUCAUGACAUCCGGGACAAUGGGAGGUGUCUUUGAGUACAUCCUCGUUGUUAACAAAGAAGAAAUGAGAAGAAGAGACAUGAGCUCUGAAGACGUAGCCUCCUGCUUUGGUGCAUCGCUGGGCAUUGUGGCUGUCAAGUCCGAACUAAAUCUGAAAGCCUCCUUGUCAACCUCUGAAUGCAAAAAUAAGGGAUUUUUUAGAAAUGAUGGUUGGAGCAACAGUGCCAUUGUGGAAGACAUUAUUCCCCGGAUUAGAGGUGGAGAUACCAGCUACAGCGGCGGCCUCUUGAACACCCUGGACUCCAACACGUACCGGCGCUGGGGAAGGUCAUUAAAAUAUAAUCCUGCUGUUAUUGAUUUUGAGCUGCAGCCCAUAGACGAGAUCCUGCGCGGGAGCGAUGCCGCGGGCGCCAAGCGGCAGCACCUGCGGCGCGCGCUCCACGGCUACGUGUCCGAGUUCAGCGCCUGCCGCUGCGGGCCCUGCCACAACGACGGGGAGCCCGUGCUGGCCGGGGACACCUGCGUCUGCCACUGCCUGCCCGGCUACGGCGGCCCGGCCUGCGCCCAGAGCCGGCGCCCAGGUGGGUCCCGGUCCGGGCGCUGGAGCUGCUGGUCGCCUUGGUCUCCGUGCCAGGCUGGACGGCGGAGGCGCAGCCGGCAGUGCAACAACCCGGCGCCGGGGCCCGGCGGGGCGGCGUGCGCGGGGCCGAGCGCGCGCACCGAGCCCUGCUGACCCCUCAGCACGGCCCUGCGAGCACACGGGCUCCCUGCCGGGCUCCAGACACCGCCGGCGGAAUUCCGCACGGGAAUUACUGCGGACAAUUAAUCGUGAGACAUUGCAUUUACCUACUUAUGAAGAUGAGGUAAAGAGAUAGAAAACCUGAUUCAAUUUGAUUCAAUACCUGCCUGCUCUGUUUUUGGCUUCCCCCCAAUUUCAGCGCACCCCUCGCA